AUGUUCAUUAAUCGUUGAUUAUUUUCUACUAACCACAAAGACAUCGGGACCCUGUAUUUAUUAUUCGGGGCCUGAGCAGGAAUAGUAGGCACAGCCCUAAGUAUUCUAAUUCGAGCGGAACUGGGACAACCAGGUGCCUUAUUAGGUGACGAUCAGAUUUACAAUGUAAUUGUAACUGCCCAUGCAUUUGUCAUAAUUUUCUUUAUGGUAAUACCAAUAAUAAUUGGAGGCUUUGGUAAUUGACUAGUACCUCUAAUAAUUGGAGCCCCAGAUAUAGCAUUUCCACGUAUGAAUAAUAUAAGCUUUUGACUACUACCUCCCUCAUUCCUCCUGCUACUAGCAUCAUCAAUAGUAGAGGCUGGGGCAGGUACAGGUUGAACUGUAUACCCACCCUUAGCUGGUAACUUAGCACACGCUGGGGCAUCAGUAGAUCUUACUAUUUUUUCCCUCCACCUAGCAGGUGUUUCCUCAAUUUUAGGAGCAAUUAACUUUAUUACAACCAUUGUUAAUAUAAAACCACCAGCCAUAACACAAUACCAAACCCCACUAUUCGUAUGAUCAGUACUUAUUACAGCUGUACUACUACUCCUGUCUCUACCAGUUCUAGCCGCAGGAAUUACUAUACUUUUAACUGACCGUAACUUAAAUACAACCUUCUUUGACCCUGCUGGAGGCGGAGAUCCAAUCCUAUAUCAACACUUAUUCUGAUUCUUUGGUCACCCAGAAGUUUACAUUCUCAUUCUACCUGGAUUCGGAAUCAUUUCACAUAUCGUUACAUACUACUCAGGUAAAAAAGAACCAUUUGGUUACAUGGGAAUAGUAUGAGCUAUAAUAUCUAUUGGAUUCCUAGGAUUCAUUGUAUGAGCCCACCAUAUAUUCACAGUAGGACUAGAUGUUGACACACGAGCCUACUUCACAUCAGCCACUAUAAUUAUUGCUAUUCCAACAGGAGUUAAGGUGUUUAGCUGAUUAGCUACCCUGCACGGAGGAAAUAUUAAAUGAUCACCAGCAAUACUAUGAGCCCUGGGAUUUAUCUUCCUAUUUACAGUAGGAGGGUUAACAGGAAUCGUAUUAUCCAACUCUUCCCUAGAUAUUGUACUUCAUGACACAUAUUAUGUAGUAGCACACUUCCACUAUGUCCUGUCAAUAGGAGCUGUAUUUGCUAUUAUAGCAGGAUUUGUCCACUGAUUCCCACUAUUUACAGGCUACACCAUCAACGACACGUGAGCUAAAACUCAUUUCGCCAUUAUAUUUGUAGGGGUUAAUCUGACAUUCUUCCCACAACACUUCUUAGGACUAUCAGGAAUACCACGACGAUACUCCGACUACCCAGAUGCCUACACUACAUGAAACACUGUAUCUUCAAUAGGAUCAUUUAUUUCUCUAACCGCUGUAUUAGUAAUAAUUUUUAUAAUCUGAGAAGCUUUUGCCUCUAAACGUGAGGUUUUAUCAGUUGAAUAUUCAUCAACAAAUUUAGAAUGACUUCACGGCUGCCCUCCACCAUACCACACAUUCGAAGAACCUACCUAUGUAAAAGUUAAAUAA